UACUGAAGAAAAUGACAGAGCAGAACAACAGCGGCCGGAACCCGGAAGACCGAAGUGCCAGUCCGCUUCUCCGUCAGCGUCAGGCAACCGCAGCCGCGCCCCUCCCCUCCCCUCCCCUACCUACCACCUCAGCGCCGGCGACCGCCAUCACUCCGGCGCACGCGGCCGCGGGCGCCUCCUCCCCGUGCCCGUGGCCGAACCGAGCCGCCACCCAGCGCCUCACGCUUCCGCGCGGCACGAGCUGGAAAGAAUCCACUAAUUCAGCAGCAGCAGCGGGCGAGCAGUCGAGCAGAGUCCACUGGGGCCAAGCAAUGGCCUCCGCCGGAGGCUUCGGGGGGCUCUCUCUUCUCCUCGCGCUGUCGCUGUGCUCCGCGCUCGCAUCCACGGUCCACGGCGAGGCUCCGAGGAGGUUCUGGAUCGAGGACGACGCCUUCUGGAAGGACGGGGCGCCGUUCCAGAUCGUCGGCGGCGACGUGCACUACUUCCGCAUUGUCCCCGAGUACUGGAAAGAUCGCCUUUUAAGGGCUAAGGCACUAGGCCUGAACACAAUCCAAACAUAUGUUCCUUGGAAUUUGCACGAGCCGGAACCACAGAGCUGGGAAUUCAAGGGCUUCGCUGACAUUGAAUCGUAUCUAAGACUUGCUCAAGAAUUAGAAAUGCUCGUCAUGCUUCGUGUAGGUCCAUAUAUUUGUGGAGAAUGGGAUUUAGGGGGAUUUCCACCAUGGUUGCUCACCAUAGAACCAGCCCUUAAACUACGAUCAUCAGACGCAACCUAUCUUUCCUUGGUAGAGAGAUGGUGGAGAGUCUUGCUCCCAAAAGUAGCACCACUGUUAUACGAGAAUGGAGGUCCAAUUAUCAUGGUGCAGAUUGAAAAUGAAUUUGGUUCAUUUGGAGAUGACAAGAAUUACCUUCAUUACCUUGUUCAGUUGGCCAGACGAUAUCUGGGGAAUGACAUUGUUCUGUACGCAGUUUCCCUUCUCAUAAUUUUUACCACUUAUUAUUGUCUGCUAAAUUUAUUACUUAUUCUAUAGAUUAUGUACAAAGUUAUUUAGGGUAUAACUGUAAUUUUGCAUACUUACUAGGCAUGGUAGUGGUGAAAUUUCAUACAACA